AUGCUUGCCGAUACGAAGUGGGAGUACAGAGUCUCGUAUAAGAUUCAACGAUUGCGGCAAAAGGCGUUGUUCCUGGGACCACAACAGAAGAAGAUGAAGACUAUUGCCUCCAACUUCCAGGCAAAGCAAUGCACAGCUCAGCACAGCACAGCACAGCCGCAGUUGUCAGGCGCUCGCGAGGCGCGAGGUUGGUUGGUUGGCUAUCCCGUCCAGUCAGCUUGGCUUGGCUGA